GGACAAGCCACUCCCUACUAUAGGCGAGCCACCGGAGCUUCCGGCCCGAGCCGUCGGCUUUGCGUGCAGCAGAAGCGGCAGCCACGCCCUGGUCUCCGCGGCCUCAAGCCGCCGACUUCGGGUUGGGGCCUCCGCAGACAACCGCGAACGGAGCGCCGAGCUUAGCUGAACGGUGAGGCGCGGCUCCUAUGCCCGACCAGCACCGUCGUUCGCAAGACGAAAAUGCUGGCCCGCCUGCUGCCACACGUGCUGCUGGUGCUGUGGGCAGCCAGUGAAAGCGGCCACUGCAAUGUGGCUUGCCCGGCGUACUGCGUCAAUUCGUUUGCCGUGUUCAAGCCCGGAGAUGGGCAGAUCAGUUGGAUCAAAGGUCGGGAUGCUUCGAGCUUCAUGCAGAUCGUACAGACGGUGCUGAAUGCCGGGCCGUCCUCGAGCACCGUCACGAUACGCAUCGAAGGCGUCGACGUCUCGGUGCCUUCGAACUCGAAGCCCAUGAUAUUGGAAAUACUGAAGAGGCACCCGGACAUGGCACAGAUUAUCAUCAACUUUCUGCAGAACAGGCCUUUGCGUCCGUCGGGAAUGCCGUACGGCAGAGGCACUGCAGGUACGAAUUACAUCACGCCGCCAUUCAAUCCCGGCAGCCCUGGAGAAUUCGGGGCGAUCCCUCAUCCAGGCCCACACGGCGUACCUCAAUUACCUGGUAACCCUUCGGGGCCGAUCAUGUUUCCGAGUGACAUACAUCCGUUACCCGGAGAGCCCGGGUUUGUGAAUGAUGAGAUAACAGUAGAGCCUGAAUUACACAACAUUCCGGACUUGUCUCAUAUUCCACCAGGGCCAGAAAUCUUUCCAUACGAGCCUCCCGACUUUAUGAAACCCAUCCCAUUUCCCACCUUUUCUCAGUCGGUGCCACCGGACAUUUUGUCUUAUCUCGAGCUCCUCGUCAAAAAUCCUGACUUCUUUAUUCCCAUUUACAACAUCCUCAUCAAAAGGGGUGUCCGAUUUCCCGACCUUACGAGGCCUUUCAAAUAUGUCAUAAUCGACGGCAAGCACGUCAACCUUCCCGGCGUCGUCAGGGCUGUCUUCACGAUACGAAUAAACGGUCAGCAGUUCGUGCUGCCUAGGGAUGCUCCUAGGUUGGCGACAUUCAUCACUCAGAAUCCGAGCCAGAUGACCACCAUCGUUAUGAUCUUACGUCAGCUCGGCGCAGUUGUGACGACAAGCCCAUCAGGCCAGAUUACUGGUUUCGUUUUGCUUGGCAGGAGAUAUCCUCUGACAAACCCCGUGAAGACGCAAGUCGUCGUCAACGGCCGCCGAUUUUUCUUGCCACAGGACCUUACGUCCCUGAUUAGCUUUGUGCAGAGCAAUCCGCAGACGUUCCAUCAAGUUCUGCCAAUUCUCAUUACCAUGGGCGCUCGCAUCCAGAAAUCUCCUACCGGAGAGAUCACAAUGAUCGUCAUUGGCGGCCGAAACUUUCCGGUGCGCUCAGUGGCACCGGUGCGCGUCGUUAUUCACGGACAGACGUUCACGAUUCCCGCUGACCUCGAUGUCAUACUGAAGCAGCCCGGCAACAUCGGCGUUGGCGAACUCAUCGCUGCGCUUCAAAAGUUACGAAUCCCGGUGAAGGUGGACCCGACCACGGGAAACGUUAUCGGCAUUGUCAUGGACGGCGUGCCUAUCCCAUUCCCCGUCAUUGUUCGCUUGCGCGUCAACCUCGGAGGGCGAGUCUACAAAAUACCGAGCGAUCUUCCCGCCAUCGUCACCUACUUGCAGCAGCACGGCAUGCCAGCCCGAGUCCUGGCGUACCUAUACAGCCAGUUCGGUAUCAUUCCAGUGCGAGACAGCAACAACGUCGUGAUCGCGAUAUCGUUCAACAACCAACAGUGCCCUGUGCCGCGUCAGUCGGAAACAGUAAUCACUAUUGGAGGCAGUCGCUUCACGCUGCCCAGGGACGCACCAAAGUUAAUGAAGAUGCUGCUAAUUCACAGAAUUUCAAUCGAGCAGUUCCUGGUCGUCAUUCAGCAGGCUGGCUACAAGCUCAUACCGGGUCCCGACUGCGUUCUUCACACCAUCCAAAAGGGAUUUGACGUGAUAGAAUUGCCGGUGAAUAUUCGUCUCAUUGUGAACAUCAACGGUGUGCGUUACAGGUUGCCGCAAGACCUACCUCGAAUUGUUCAAGUCUGCCAGACUAUAAGAAAUCCCAGCGCAAUCGAGCAAAUUUUGAUUAGCCUCAGAAAGAUGGGAGUGAUUGUGCAGCGCGGCGCAACUCAGAUCACGCUUAUAUUCAACGGCCAGCGCUUCUCCAUUACGUUAUCUCCCGGUGGCCGGCCGCCCGGCGGAGAUGUGCAAGUGCCCCCAACUGGAACGAUGACCAUUCGCGUCAGUAUCAACGGCCGCUGGUUCACACUUCCUGACCAGAUCCCGGACAUGAUGGACUUCGUGCGCUCCAACGGGCCGAUGACAAUUCAGCUUCUUAUUAGGACGCUGCGCUCGCAAGGCAUCACCGUCAACUUGACGCCAGAUGGUGGUGACAUCGCAUCAAUAAUAAUUCAUGGUCAACUCUAUAUCGUGAAGGGAAGCAGUUGGGUGCCCUCUGGCCCUGGGGGUGGCAUAAGCGACGGCAGGAACGUGCAGGUCAUCAUCCGGGGUCGGACAUUUAUGAUUCCUCGGGACAUCGGCAUCCUUCGGCGGUCGCUGCCGGGGUUCCAGUACGGCGAACUCAUAGUGGCUCUGCAUCGCGUCGGGGCUAUGCUCGAAGUUGACCAGCGGGGUAACUUCUACGGCAUGCGGAUACAAGGCCGGCUCAUCAAGUUCUCCGUCAUCUUCCGGGUGAACGUGAUGCUGGACAAGAGUGGUCACAAGUACCGCGUGCCACUCGACCUCGCCGAGCUGGCUCAAGGACUGUCCACCGGUCGCAAUUGGAACUGGACGAUUGUCCGCAAAGUGCUGUACAACUCGGGCAUCGAGUUGCGUGGAGGCUCCGUAGGGGCUCCUCGUGCCAUCGGAUUCCAGGGCAAGUUCUACGAACUGCGCAGCAUGGUCAAAGGAUAGACAGGCUUUCCCACCCCAUCUCUUGCGUCAGAAAUUCACGCAUUAAUUAUAAGUGCAAUGCUACCGAUUUUUCUUCGAGUUCGUGGCAAAACGGCGCAUACUUCGCGCCCUGUUAAUAAAUAAAACGCACACUCUGCUUAGACUUUUCCACGCAGUGUCUCAUGAGCUGCAGCGUGGCGCUGUUGGGACACAUGGCAAAGCAACACUUUCGCGAAUCUCGCCGUCAUGUCAGUGACUUCACGACAUGAUGCAGAUAUGUAGUGUUGUCGCAUGGAAAGAAAGUGAACGUUGAACGAUACAAAUAAUAAAAGAAAACAAAUCACUUCUUUU